UCUUUUAAUUUUUGGGGUUUCCUCGAUCACCUUGCCGCCGCUCGCCGGUCUAGCCCCUCUGCCUCUAGCCUCUCUAGCGCUGUUCCUCUCCGCCAGCUCGUCUCGUUUCCUCCGCCGCCGCACGUCUCCGCCUCUGCAAGCCUGCUGCUCUGUAGUCUCAAGUCUAGCAGGAAUAACCUUGUCUUAGCUUGUUUUGCUAUUCAGUCAAAGAUGGGGAAAGCGAAGAAAGGUCGUAAAUUUGCAGUCAUGAAAAAGCUCGUCACCCAAAAAGCCAUUAAAAAUUACAAACAACAGGUUCUGGACCCAAAGAAGAAAGACAGUAACGAAACAAAGCUCCCAAGAAACGUGCCAAAGGUUUCAUCGGCGCUUUUCUUCAAUUACAACACCUCGUUGGGACCGCCAUAUCGGGUUCUAAUAGAUACCAACUUCAUCAAUUUCUCUAUACAAAAUAAAUUGGACCUGGAGAAGGGAAUGAUGGACUGCUUAUACGCAAAAUGUACUCCUUGCAUCACUGAUUGUGUGAUGGCGGAGCUUGAGAAGCUAGGUCAGAAAUAUCGAGUUGCUUUGAGGAUUGCUAAGGAUCCUCGUUUUGAAAGACUAAUUUGUACUCAUAAAGGGACCUAUGCUGAUGACUGUAUUGUUGAUAGAGUUACUGAGCAUAAAUGCUACAUUGUUGCUACUUGUGAUCGAGAUUUGAAGCGUAGGAUCCGGAAGAUCCCUGGUGUACCAAUCAUGUACAUUACCAAGCACAAGUACUCAAUUGAGCGGUUGCCUGAAGCAACAAUUGGCGGAGCUCCGAGAUACUGAUGAUGGAGGGUAUGAUCAUUCAACAAUAGGACAGUUUUGGGGGUGAUCCUCUCCUCUCAUAUUGGGGUUUGUAGGUUGUGGUGGUGGUUGUUUCAAAGAGGAGACCAUCUUCUCCGAGAUUUGGAACAUUCAGAUGCCACUUUUUGCUGUCCUCUGGGAAUUUGUUCCAUAUAUACUUUUAUGCAGUCUUCGUCUGCAACGGGAUUCAUGUAAAUGCUUAAGAAAGAAAAAGAUAUCCAUAAUUCUAAGAUUCAACUUUCUUUUGUUUC